AUGAGUUUCGCAAAGAGAAAGUUUUCCGACUUCAAGGUCGAGCCCGAGGAUGGCCGCAACGAAUCGUACGGCAAUGCCAUGGGCGCAAAGCGACUGAAGAACAGACAGGGCAGAAGGACUGUCGCACCACCAAAGAACCUCAACGACACCAAGAGGCGGGCGAGAAAUAUCGAGAGACAACUACGCGGAGCCGAAAAGCUGCCCGCCGACAAGAGAAACGACCUGGAGCGAGAAUUAUCUCACCUCAAGCAAAAGAUUGUCGAUGGCGAAGAGAGCAAGAAGACGAAAAAGAUUAUUAGCAAAUACCACAUGAUUCGCUUCUACGAGCGACAGAAAGCCGAUCGGUUAGCCAAGCAGCUUCAGAAGCAGAUUGCCAACACAGAAGACGAGGAACAGCUCGAAAAGCUGAAGCGCCACCUGCAUAUCGCCCAAAUAGACAGCCUCUAUGCCAAUUACUUUCCUCUCCGCGAAAAGUACAUUAGCUUGUAUUCGUCCGUUCUAAAGGAUUCGAAUGGCGCACAAAGCGCCGAGGAGGCAAAGGCGGAAGCAAAGUCAACAAAUCUGGCCGCCAAGUCGCUCAACAGCGAGAGACCACAGUUCUGGAGCGUCAUUGAAAAGGCGGCGGAAAAGGGCAUGCCAGCGCUGUCCGCAAUUCGGGAAAGAAAACCCGGCAGCGAGUCUCGAGAUGGCCCGGCAAAGGAUGAUGCUCUGAAAUCCAAAAAGGCGACACGGUCUGGCGAUGGAAAGACGGAAUCUAAGAAGCUGCCAAAGAACAAGGUCAAGGCAGAAAACUCUGACGAUAGUGGCGAUGACAGUGAUGGUGGUUUCUUUGAAGCGGCAUGA